GGCCAGGGGCCGACCUGGGCCGCGAUGAGGCGCUGAAGGAGGAUGAUCUCGCGAUAUACGCGGAAGCCGGUGCCCCCCGACGCCCUGGGCAUCCGAGGACUUUCCAAGAAUACCUUAGAACAUCAUCCUCUGCCAGACUCAUUGGAUGACAGUUAUCCAUCCACUGAAAGCCAGGAAGACUUUUCCAGUGAGUCUGAAAGUGCAAAAGCUUCAAACUACCAAUCUGUCACUUCAGUGGAUGAUGAGAACUCAUGGUCAGCUGGUCAGAGCUUCACAGGCAUCUCUACCGAAGACAGCUCAGUUUUUUCAUGGGGCUAUGAUGAAUUUGAUAAAGCAGCUACACGGCAGGUCCAGCAGAUAUUUAGACACAUUGACGAGCUCUUGUAUGAACAAAAAACAAGUGUGUUUGUUGAAGGCCUAGAGGAAGAGUGCCAACAAUGGAUGUCAAGCUUCCCCCAUCUCAGGAUUGUAGGAAAACAAGUAGUGAUCCCCACAGAUGAAGGCUAUAGGUGGUAUUCUAGUUCAGCUUGCAGUACCUUGGAGUCAUCCGACAUGAGCCCAAUGCAAGAGAAAGAUCCUAGUGAGUUUAGCAUUCUGGGUAAAAAGGUUCCUCUCUCUGUUGCUUCUACUGAAGAAGAAGAAGAAAAUGUUUCACAACCUCCCAAAUCAUGUUUGUUGGAGAACGAAGAAGAUGGAGUGAUCAUCUCUGAGGGCAUAAUGGAGGAAUAUUUAGCAUUUGACUGCAGAGAAGUGGAGGAGGAGUUGCAUGAAUGGAAGAUGGGCCUUUCACCUGACAGGCGGAAGCUAGGUUUCCCUCCUAUCUCACCAUCAUACUGCAUGAGGGAUGCUGUUCUUUCCUAUGUGUUCGAUGACGUGUGGAGUGAAGUACUGGGAUACAUGGAACAGCUGAUCUGUAGACACUGGGAAGGGCCAGUCUCAGAUGAUGAGAAGAAUGUCCUAACUGUAGAAACAAGUCGAACAGAUUCAGGAAGUCCGUUUAUGCAGUUUGAGCCUUUGCCAUUGUUGUUACCUCGAAUGCCACAAAACAAGAUGCCCUCUAUAACUUCAAAUGUGUACUCAAAACGCAGAUGUGGUCACAAAACAAAAAAGAAGAGAAAAACACCUGAAGUACAGCCUUCUCAAGGAACGAGUGGCGGACCACAACGUAAUUUGAAUGGGUUGAUGGUGAUUCAUGGGAUCCCUUUACACCAAAGGAACUUUCCUGUGAUGGACAAAAUCUUAGACUUGGAUGACAGGUUGCUUAUGAGACCAGGCUCCAGUUCUAUCCUCUCCACCAGAGCGCGGCCAAAUCGCCCUCCUGAACUCAGUGCAUCUUCUCUGUCCUAUUCUGCACAGUCUGCUAGAAGGCGCAACCCACCACCACGUACCCUGCAUCCCAUCAACCCCAGCCAUUCUCGCUCAGGGACACCAAGGCCUAUGGACGAAGUUAUCAGAGGAACACGGCGCUCUGCUGCAAAUGAGCAAUUGUCUUCACCUUCCCCGAUACCACUGAGUAGAAACAACCUCCUGCCUCCGAUUAGUGCUGUAGAUGCGACAGAACAUACGGGAUCCCAAAAACAAAUGAAAUCCCGGGGAAAUGCUAGCAGGGCUCGCAGUGCGAUAGCAGAUGAAAUCAACCAUCAACCAGUGCAUGAGAGGUUUUUAUUACCUGAUAGUUUCUCCAGGCCCAACACAUCCCAUGCAUUUUGGCCAGAUUCACAGUACCGUCGUUCUUGCACUGUUAUUGAUUAUGCUAAUCAACCGCGAAAUAGCAAAGGAUCUGCCGGCACAGAUUCUAUUAAUGUAGGAGUGCUGGGAAUCAGUUUAGGGAUAUCUAGCUCUUCCUAUAUUAACUCUUUCCACCACCAGCCUCUUGGUCAUUUUCUUAAUGAGGAUGAGGAGGACAAAGAAGAUCAACCUCCAUUGGUAGGUCUUCAGUUGCAUGGUUCUGUGCGAACUCACAGCCGAGGUGGAUCCAGAAGCAGACAAGGUCUGUAGCAUGUUGAGGAGCAGCUGUCCCAUCUCCAAGAUGAGGGGGCAUCUCCAGAAGCUUUUGAAAUCAGUAUUCCGCUGUAGCAAUACGAAACCUGUUUACAGAAGAACUCCAAACCUUUCUUACAAGUCGUCUUUUUGUAUAAACUCAACUGCCAAAGAUUACUACAGUUGUGUGGGAAUUUUGAUUCCUAUGCUGUUCUGAGGGAUAUUGAAAGCUUGUGUUGUAGAAACCUAAACCCAACAUUCCUGUUGGUCAAGAGUGACUGGCUUAAUAGCAGUAAUACUAUUGUAUUGUAAAUGACUUGCCAAUUAGUGGAACAUAAUGGCAAUAUAUUAUUUAGCAAUACUAGAUUACUCCUUGGACCAACUUCUGUUAUUUGCUCUACUAGUAUGAGGAGACAUCAGGACCAGUUGAUCCCGUGCUUCAGAAAAGGUUCGGAAUCUGAUGUCUGAAAGGUGGCCAAGAUUUAAAGCUUACAGAAUCCUUGUUUUUAUUUUAUUUAAAUAUAGGUGUCCAUCAUUCCUAAUGACAUCGAUAUUCCUAAUAUUAAACUGCAAGGAUUACUACAGUUGUGUCUAUUAUGACUCUACUUCCAGUACUUACUUUCUCUUGUUUUAUGUAGAGCAAAAAGUUUGGUAAAAAAUUACAAGAAACUGUUUCUGUUCACCUCUCAAUUGGAGCGUUCCUGCACUUUGGAGAAACGUCUUACACGUUGUAGGCAUUGUGCCUGGUGAGAGGUGUUAAGAAAUAGUUAGUAAAAGCAUAGCCUACAAUGAAUAUUCAUUUAACGUCAAUAACUCUGCAGAUUAACUCUAGGUCUUACUAGUCCAAGUGAGUGCCAGACUGCAAAUCUUUCAAGAGAUGUAAUUUGAAGAUAGCUUUGCAUUAUAUUCUAGAUACCAUGUGAAAGUUGUAAAUGCCAGAAUGAGAAAAGGGUUUAUUAAAUUGUAAUAUGGAAUAACUUUUGUAUGCAAAUAAAAAAUAUUUUCUAAGUUG